GGAGCAGCUGGGUUCUCUUGGCAGUCACCAUGAGGGCACUGCUCCUGCUCUGCUGCUUCCUGGCCUCGCUCCUGCUCUCAGGACAAGCAGAACUGCAAGUCUCUGCUUCGGGUGGCACAGAAGAUGUUGGCAAUUUGUUGGAGAAUCAUUUCUCUGCUGGAAACACAAGUCUAGAGGAGAAAGAAAGGGCACUUUUUGCAGAUGCGGCCCUUCAAGACAAGAAUCGGCUCCUUCACCACACAAACAGCAGGGAGGCUGAGAGCUCAGAGCAGACCACCGCCGGGGCCCCUCCCACUACCACCAGCCCUGGCUCCGAGUCUGAAGCCAGCCUUGCCAAUGCCUCAGCUGCACAAUCACCUCCACAUGGGGAUGUUCCAGGGCCCGGGAAGGAAGAGGAGGGCCCAUCAGAAGCAGGCAUCUUUCCUCUGGGAGAGGAUGAGGGGCCUGUGGAAGAGGAGAGGCUAAAGCUCAAUUCAGGAAGAGGGGAGGAGGAGGCUGGGCUGGGGCUCCCCACAGCAGGAGCUGUCAGUGGGGAGACAGAAGGACAAGUGGGGAGUGGUGAGAUUCCUCAAGAAGCUGAGGAAGUCCUAAGAGACAGCCCCAUGCAGGAAGAAGCAGCAGGGGCAGCAGAACCUGAAGUCAAGGGUGCCCUUCCUAGUUUACAGGGUGAAGAGUUCCACACCUUAGAGGCAGAAAGUGGGGGAAAUUCAGGGCCUGAUCAUCAGCCCACAGAGAGAGAUGGGGAUGUAGUAUCUGCAGAAGAGUCAGAGGCUGACUUGGAUACAAAUGCUGGAGAGGGGCCUGAGGACCAGCUCUCACCCCAGGUCAAUAGCUUGGAGGCAGAAGGCAAGAGCGACCAUGGGCCUGAUCACCAGCCUGCAGAGCUAGAUGGAGAUUCCACAUCUGCAGGAGAAGCACUGGAGGCUGAUAGAGGCACAGAAAGUGGGGAGGGGGCUGCAGGUCAGUCCCAGCCCACAGAGGGAGAUGGAGCCCUUGAUGCCUCAGCUGUGGGAUUACAGUUGGAAUCUGAUAUGGAUACAGAAGCCAGGGAAGGGGCUGAGGACGAGGGGAAGUUAAGCUCCAUUCAGGAGGCUGGCCCAGCCACAAAGGUUGGUGAAGAACCUCAGGGUGCCCAGAGCUCCAAGCCUGGGGAGACUGAGGAGGACCACCCUGCUAAGGCCCAGGAGCCAGGAAUGCCUGCGGAGAGCCCUGAUGAGGCCUCCUCAGAAGAAGCAGGUGGUGAAGAAGGUGAAAGUGAGGAGGAUGGAGAAGUUCCAUCCCAAGAAGAGUCCGAAGAAGACAGCGGUGAUGGGGGUAGCUCAGAAGAAGGGGAUGUCUCUGAGGAGGCUGGGGAGCCCCAAGAAGCAACAGGAACCACAGGUCAUGAGGAGAAAGGGCCUCAACUCAGCACAGAGGAAUUGAAUUCAGAGUCUGAGGGUGACAAGACCCAGGAUCCUGAAGCAGAGGAGCCGGAAGAGGGACACCAGGGAAGGGGGAACCCCAUAAUUGCUCCACAGGAAGAGACAGAGGAUGUGAGUGAAGAAGCCCCAAUGAGGGACCGCUCCCACAUUGAAAAGACCUUGAUGCUAGAUGAGGACAAGCCAGCUGAUGACUUUUCAGCGGUGUUACAGCGGCUUCGAAAGAUCUACCAUUCAUCUAUCAAGCCUCUGGAGCAAUCUUACAAAUACAAUGAGCUCCGGCAGCAUGAGAUCACAGAUGGGGAAAUUACUUCUAAGCCAAUGGUGCUGUUUCUUGGACCAUGGAGUGUUGGUAAAUCCACCAUGAUAAACUACCUCCUUGGGUUGGAAAAUACUCGCUACCAGCUCUAUACAGGUGCUGAGCCCACCACCUCUGAGUUCACAGUCCUCAUGCAUGGGCCUAAGCUGAAAACCAUUGAAGGUAUUGUCAUGGCUGCUGACAGUGCCAGGUCCUUCUCACCCCUGGAGAAGUUUGGGCAGAAUUUCCUAGAGAAGCUCAUUGGCAUUGAGGUUCCCCACAAGCUUCUGGAGCGAGUCACUUUUGUGGAUACACCUGGCAUCAUUGAGAACCGCAAGCAGCAAGAAAGAGGCUACCCCUUCAACGAUGUAUGCCAGUGGUUCAUCGACAGAGCUGACCUCAUCUUUGUCGUCUUUGACCCUACCAAGCUGGAUGUUGGUCUGGAGCUGGAGAUGCUUUUUCGUCAGCUGAAGGGACGUGAGUCCCAGAUAAGAAUUAUCCUGAACAAGGCUGACAACCUGGCCACACAAAUGCUCAUGCGUGUGUAUGGAGCCCUCUUCUGGAGCUUGGCCCCUCUCAUCAAUGUCACAGAGCCCCCAAGGGUUUAUGUCAGUUCCUUCUGGCCACAAGAGUAUAAGCCUGACACCCACCGGGAACUGUUCCUCAAAGAAGAGAUCUCUCUCCUGGAAGACCUGAACCAGGUAAUUGAGAACAGACUGGAGAAUAAGAUUGCCUUCAUCCGUCAGCAUGCCAUCCGGGUCCGCAUUCAUGCCCUGUUGGUUGACCGUUAUCUGCAGACUUAUAAAGACAAAAUGACCUUCUUUAGUGAUGGCGAACUGGUCUUUAAGGACAUUGUGGAAGAUCCUGAUAAAUUCUACAUCUUCAAGACCAUUCUGGCAAAGACCAAUGUCAGCAAGUUUGACCUUCCCAAUCGUGAGGCUUACAAGGACUUCUUUGGCAUUAACCCCAUUUCCAAUUUCAAACUCCUCUCUCAGCAGUGCUCCUACAUGGGAGGGUGCUUUCUGGAGAAGAUUGAGCGGGCCAUCACCCAGGAGCUCCCCAGCCUCCUAGGUAGCCUUGGGCUAGGGAAGAAUCCAGGUGCUCUCAACUGUGACAAAACAGGGUGUGGUGAAACCCCAAAGAAUCGCUACAAGAAGCACUAGUUUGGUUGUGUGUAGCCAUUCUUGGGUCCCCAUUGGUGAAUGAGCUUGUGUCCUAACUGUCUAAGAAGUCCUGGUUUAACCCUUUGAGCCACACUGGUGAGAAUCAGUAAGCACUGGAGAUUUGGGAGUUCAUUGAGGCUGGUAUCAGGGGAAGGUGCAUGGAUCUAGGGAGGAGAGUGGAAACUGUGAAUUAUAGUUUGCUUGUCUUGUUGCUGCAGUUAGGGAACCUGAUUCAGAUAAGUCAGGCUCUGCUUGCUUUUUCUGGGACCUGUCUUAGAUGGACAGAGAGCAGCUAAAUUCUAAUGUAUACUAGAUUAAUGAGGGUCAAAUAAGCUAAAUGCAGCUGAAAUUUCUCUUUCCCCUGUAUGCUGGAUGGAUAAUGAAGUCUGAGUUAUAGAGAGUUGUCAGGUUUGUGCUGGCUACUUCCAUACAGUCUUUUGUUUGUCCUCCAGCCUUUUUUUUCUCCCUCCCAAGUUUGGGUUAGCUUUCAACAAUGGGAAAUCUCUUGGGUCUGCAUCUACCUGGGUUUUGAGCCUGUCCCAGGGUCCUCUUCCCUGUUUCUUCAGGGGUUGGGCAGUGUGUAGGAUACCAGAACACUAAGAGAGAACCAGAGUUUCCAGGUUAGCGUGAAGAUCUGUCUCCUUCAGCACCAUAUCUUUGAUGUCUCAUCUAGGGAACUCAGAGGCUUCCUUGGCCCAAUAAGUGGGGACUAUAUUCAGGUAAUUCCCCUCUUAGAAAUGACAUUAAUGAAGGUAUUGAAAGGGCUCAGGGGGUUAAUUGGUUUGCAGUGUGUCUUUGUCUAUUGCAUGUCUUGAAAAACUCAGAUCCCAAAGGCAUUGGGUUUCAGAGCGGUCGGUGGAGACCCUGAUUCUUGUCCUUGGGGACUUCUCUGGGCAGCCAGUCUCUCCCAAAUUUAGGAGGGGCUGUUUCCACAAGUGCUGUAUGGGAGCACUUGGCAGAGGAGUUGUUCCUUCUAGUUCCUUUUACUAUGGCUUUUCUUUUCCUUUCUUCUCCAUUCCCUGAUGCACCAAUACUUAAAACUAGGAGAACUUUCCUAGAAUCAGAACUAAUACCAGCCACUCAGCACUGGUGACCAGCAAGCCCUGAAGUUCAGCUUCACCUGCAUCUGUCAUGGAUAGUUGCUGAAUGUACCACAGGAUGCCAUGGCCUCAAACAACAGUGCAUGUGAAUCCAUAGUGCAUUGUCCAAGAGAGAUUAGGAAGGUGAUAUACCCAAAGGCAUGGAGAAAGCACUUAUCUUGAGAAUCUUACAAGGCUGGCAGGCACUAUAGGAGUACAUACACCAGCCCAGGGAUGCCCCUGUGGACUCCUUUCAGCACAACCAGUCUCCCCUCUUGGGGGGACAAACCUUCAUAGGGGCCUUACUCACCAGGCAUGGGUUGGAUCCAGCAGCACCAGGAAGUCAUCUGUACCAGAAGGAAAGUGAAUAGGAAGGCUAAACAAGAGGUCUUCCGAAGACUAGUGUAAGUGGAUUGGUGAUCAGAUGAGGUCCUCACAGAGAACUGCAUUUAGGAGUUUGUUUCUCAAAAUUCCUAGCAGUCCAGUACCUGCUGCAGGAGGCUUUGUGAAUGGCCCUCCGUGAAACCUCCCCUGACCAGAACCUCCCACAAGACAGUCAAAGUCUCCAAAACCAUCAGGAUAUUCUUUCUGAGGAGCAAGACAACUGGAAAAGAAAAGCAGGUUCUGUAAGGGGUGUCCACAGAGCCUGGUAGCUGGGGCAGAGAAGCUACUACAAUCUGUUUUGGACUUUUCUUCCCAUUAAAAUGAAUAACCAACCCCCUCGCCUCAUUUCUCUAUUACUUUGCCCUCUUGGGGGACCGUCCCUCUUUCCUCUGAGUUCCUCAUGCCCUUCUGUGGCUUUUGGUGUAUCUGUUUCUUUUUCUUUUUUUCAGUGCAGUCAGGGAAAUAAAAAAUGCAGAACUGUAUGGGCCUUGUCACAACUGUCAAUGUCACCAUUGCUUUGGGGAAGUGGGUGGAAUGAGUCUAAUAAAGUAAUGAAAUAUUUGUACUUUGGGGGCUCUACCUUAUCAGUAUGUCCCCUCUUUGGAUUUUUCGUUCCUCUCUUUUCUUUUUCUUGUUCCUCCUACUCUCUCCAUUCCGUUUCUCUUCUCAUGCUUUGUUUUGACUUACUUCUAUUGCCCACAAGCCUGUUAGUCAAUUAGCACAGGUUCUAAGUGCCCUAUUCUUUUCCCAGGUUUGUGGGGGUAGAUUUCAAGGAGGGUUCUUUUUAGGAAUAGGGGGCUGGGAAUUGUAGGAACUUAGGAUACCGAGAUUCCCUGAGGUGGGAAUCUGUAUUUGUGCCCAAACAGUGGCCAACCCUUUCCAGUGUUCUUUCGAUUCUGAUUUCAUCAGGGAGAAUGUCUCAAUAAAGCUCUAAUCUCUCUUUAA